UUUAUCAGUGGUACGAAGAUGCGUGCGUUUGCUCGUGAGGGCGUUAAGCCUCCAGAUGGCUUUAUGGCACCAAAAGCAUGGAAGGUUUUGUCGACAUAUUUUGAGAAAUUGGCUGCUACGAAUAAAAACUGA